GGGGGAUUCACUCCCAAGAAGGAAACGAUCGAUUCGAGAGCGCGUAGGGUUUGCCAUGGCUGCUGGAGGGGGAGGUCGGGGUAAAUCCGCCGGGAAGAAGGCUACUUCGAGGAGUUCCAAGGCCGGAUUGCAGUUUCCAGUGGGUAGGAUCGCCAGAUUUCUCAAGGCGGGCAAGUAUGCCGAGCGCGUUGGCGCUGGAGCGCCAGUCUAUCUCGCCGCGGUUCUCGAAUACUUGGCGGCAGAGGUGCUCGAAUUGGCCGGGAAUGCGGCCAGGGAUAACAAGAAGAACAGGAUUGUUCCACGGCACAUCCAGCUCGCCGUGAGGAACGACGAAGAACUCUCGAAGCUCUUGGGCAGCGUCACUAUUGCUGCUGGCGGCGUGCUGCCCAACAUCCACAAUGUCUUGCUACCGAAGAAGACUGGCACUGGGAGCUCCAAGAAGGACGCCGCCGGAGACGAGAGCCCCUAAAUCGAUGGGAAGUUCGAUCGAUUCGGUCGAACUGGCACGAAGAACCCUAAAAAUUCUCUUCACGUGUACAUUAACUUGUACGGUAGGAAAUGCCGUAAUUAUUCUCCC